GGCACAUGUGCAGGAGGAGGAGAGCGCAGUUCUGUCAUAUGACUUAUAUGAGCGCAGGUUUGAGGCUGAGCUUACAGCGCUGCUGAACCGGGUCACACUCGGUCCGGGCGUCGAUUACUGUCUGUCUGCUCUGAGGAACCAUCCAUCCGUCGCAAUGGCUGUCCGCGGUUGUGUGACCCUGCUCUUUAUUCUGCUGAGUGGUAUUGUGCAUGCUAAUGAUCAGGUGACAUCACCGUUACUUGAAACAGCAGAGCCCAGUACAAGCAAACUCACCCCAGUCACGCAGACUUCUACAGCUUCUCCAACCACCUCUUCAGGUACAACUCAUGCUGGUGUGACUUCAGAAGCGCCAGGUAUCAUGCUGACCAAUGCGACUACCACACAUCACAACACGACUAAUUCUACCACACAACCUCCAACUACCACACAUCACAACACGACUAAUUCUACCACACAACCUCCAACUACCACACAUCACAACACGACUAAUUCUACCACACAACCUCCAACUACCACACAUCACAACACAACUAAUUCUACCACCGAAGCGCCAACUACCGCACACACUAAUGCUACAACUGCUGCUCCGACCACUACUCCGACCGCUCCUCCUGUCCCCAACCCAACUGUUGGAAACUACAGUGUCAAUUCUGACAACGUAACAGUCUGUCUGUUGGCAAAGAUGGGCCUUCAGUUCAGCUUCAAAAUAAGUGGGAAUGCCAGCGUUCAGACUGUUAAUCUUGACCCGAACGUAACGGAAGCGAGUGGAACCUGCGGAGGUGGUGGAAAUGACUCUUCCCUUGUACUGAAGUCCAAGGAAGUCACAGUUCAUUUUGUCUUCACAAACGUUUCAGACAAGUUCCGUCUACAUGCUUUGAUGCUCUCUGUUGAUCUUGGAAAUGGGAGCAUUUUCAGUGAUUCCAAUAAUAAUCUGUCUCUGUGGGAGGCAUCUGUUGGGAGCUCAUACAUGUGCAAAAAAGAGCUGAGUUACAACAUCACCGACAAGCUUGCCGUCAAUACCUUCGAGCUACAAGUGCAGCCCUUCGCAGUCCAGAAGAACAUGUUUAGCACAGCCCAUGAAUGUUCAAUGGAUGACACCAGCCUCUUAAUCCCAAUCAUUGUUGGUGCCGCUCUGGCUGGUUUGAUUGUCAUUGUUGUGAUUGCAUACGUGAUUGGUCGACGAAGGACCUAUGUUGGAUAUCAGACAUUGUAAUGCAACAAAAUCAAAGAAUCAAAUCCUGAGCGUUUUAAGGGACACACAAGCCUGUUCCUGGACCAUUGUAAAUAUUGUGGGUUUUUGUGCAAUCUCAAUUGGCAACUGACUCUGGGCCACAGGAGUCAAAAAAUGUAUUGUCCUUAUGUGGUCAAUUAAUUAAUCCUCUGGCCCUUAAACUCCAACACAUUAAAAUCUGAAGAUACAGUGGCACUCCAGGACCAGAGCUCCCUAUUGUGAAAUUAUUUUGUGUGCACAUCACCCCCCCCCCCCCCCUUUAUUUUUUAUUUUUUUUUUUUUUUUUUUGUGUGAGGUAAGUGCAUGGUCUUGUUUUGGCUUAAAGCCCAAUUAUUUUCUCUUGAAAUGCAAAUUAGUGCUACAGUCAUAGUACCAUGCAAAAUAUUUAUAUGCAAGAACAAUGUUUCAGACCCUGCACUUGCUUCUCUUAGGCAUUCCUUUAAUUUUCAUUUUGCAAUUGAUUGAUUUAGCUCAUUUAAUUUGUGCCCAAGUCCAUCAUUACUGUAUCCACAGCUUUAGACUGAAACAGUGUUUUUAUUCACCUGUCUUGUGGCAUUUUGGUUUAAUAUUAAAAGUAGUUCAAGAAACCGGUUGUUACUGUGCACUAUAGUGACUGGACUGCUCGCAUUUAUUGAGAUCAUGUGCUUUUGCAAUAUGUUCAUCGUGUAUUCAGAGCAGCUGUGUGGGAGAUUGCUACACUGAGAAAACAUGUAAACGUGCUGGAUGGCCCUUUCAAACUAUUGAAAUUGUAGAACAGAAAAACAAAAGCUUGAAUGUUUAAACUUCAUGACAAGCUUUUUUUAAAAAUAAAUAAAUAAAUAAAAACAUUGUAGUAAAAGUAGGCCUGGUGUUUUUGAGUGACUUGGUGUAAAGCAUAAAACAAAGAAAUGGUAACUACCAUUUAAAUGCUGUUACUAAAUAGUUUAAAUAGUGUUUAGUAACUUUUUUUGGGGCGUUUAAAAAGGGACGAUGAAUUAUAAAUAUAAUAUCUUGUCAGCUACUCCUUUACUAUAAUUAUUUACAGCUCCUUUAGCCUAAAAGAUAUGUGCUGCUCUUUGCUAAUACAACUGUGAAUUGUAUUUGCUGCAAGAUAAGUUUUUUUUGCACUUGCUUGAACCCACUUUGGUAGUGGCUGUGGAUCAUUUUUGCCCCCCCCCCCAUGUAAAUUUUACAUGAUUUGUGUUGGUUUGACUUUCAUUUGCAGAAUAAUUUAGUUUUAAGAAAUAAGUUCAACUUGCUUUCUCGUGUCUUUCUGCUUUUGUCACACGUAAUGGCUUUUUUUUCUUCCAUUCACACUGUUUAUGCACUACUCUAAUUUAGUCUAUGCACCACCUGCACAGAAUCUUGUGUAAAUGUAUUUCACUAUAGCCAGGAUAAAUGAAAUCUUCCAAACUGGUUACUGGUAAUUUUGUGCCUUGCUUGAUGAAAUUACUUUUGCUUGCAAUCACUUAUCAAUAACUUUUUAAAUAAAAAAUGAAUCUAUAUUUGUUCUUUUUUGUUUUCCCCUGAGCAUACUUUUGUGACUAUUCUGCCCGCAGACUUGUAAAAAAAGGGAUUCCUUAUCUGACUGUCCUAAUAUUUGAUGUUUCAUGAGAUUUUGGUUGUUUUUUUGCAAUGAAAAUGGCUGUUUUAAUUGGCUUUUAGCUGCAAUAAACGGAGAAAGAUAAUUGUGUAUACAUUAAAA